UCGUCUGCUCUUUCGGUCGAACUUCACAGCCAACGUUUCAGGAUGGAAAAAUGCCGUGCCUCCUCUAGGAUAGUAAUUAUCGGGGCAGGAGUUUCGGGGAUUGCGGCCGCUACACGACUCCUGCAAAACAAUUUCCAUAAUGUCCAGAUCCUGGAGGCGGAGGAUCGCAUCGGCGGGCGGAUUAACACCGUAUAUUUUGGUGACAACGUCAUCGAUUUGGGAGCCCAGUGGUGUCAUGGAAAGAAGCAAAAUUGUGUGUACGACAUGGUCAAGGAUAUGGGUAUCCUGCACGAAACUGGCGACUACUACAGUCCCAUCAAGAGGGUGAGAUCCAACAAGGAGGUGAUCCCGCAUGAAUUGGCCACCAAAAUUCACGACAUUGCCAUGAAUAGUAUGCCGAGUGGUCCACAUCCGGUUGUCGGUUCCUUUGGCACCCACCUGACGCAGGCCUACUGGCGCAAGAUCGAGAGCGAGCUGCCCCAACUGGAUAAGGCGGUGGCUAGUGAGUCCUUGAAUACCUUUGCGAAGCAUGAAAGCUCUAUUAUUGGAGCGGACAGUCUAUUCGAGGUCUCCGUGAGGGAGCACAUCGAGUACUACGAAUGUGAUGGCGACAAGCUGCUCCACUGGGGAACGAAGGGGUAUCGGCGCUUCCUGCGCCUGCUCAUGAAUGUCAGCGAGGAUUCGCCAGAGGAGCUGGGUUUACUGGAAGGACGCAUUCAACUAGCCAAGAAGGUGACCAAGAUCGAGUUGGCGUGCCCCCGUAAGGUAAUUCUGCGCUGUGAGGAUGGGGAUUACUUUGAGGCGGAUCACGUCAUCUGCACCGUUUCCCUGGGAGUCCUGCAGGAGCAGCACGAGAAGCUGUUCAUCCCACCGCUGCCGGCAGCCAAGGUGAAUGCCAUUCGAGGCCUUACCCUCGGCACUGUGAACAAACUGUAUUUGGAGUACGGAAAGCAACCUCUUCCCGAUGGUUGGGUGGGUUUCUUCUGCCUUUGGCUGGAACAGGAUCUGAAAGAGCUGCGAAAGACGGAACAUUCCUGGGUGGAGGGCAUAACUGGUGUCCACAUGAUCACUUGUCAGCCCCGAAUGUUGAUGGCCUGGGUGAAUGGCCCGCAUGGACGCCACAUGGAGAACCUGUCCGAUGAGAAAGUGCUGGAGGGCUUGCAAUGGCUCUUUCAAAAGUUUCUCACUUUUGAAAUUCCGCCGCCGGAACGUUUCGUCCGCAGCAAAUGGUUUUCGAAUCCGAACUUUCGUGGCAGUUGGAGUCAUCGUCCCACCAAGGCCGAUGAAAGGAAUACGGGCCCCUGGGAUCUGGAGUCGCCUGUGCUGGGAGAAGAUGGUCACUUGGGCCUGCUUUUUGCCGGAGAGGCGUCCAGCAGGAAUUACUUUUCCACCGUUCACGGAGCUGUUGAGGCUGGCUAUCGGGAAGCAGACCGCCUGAUUGGACAUUACACCUCAUGCAGCGUCAAGGCCUGAAAAUUAUCAUGUAUUUGUUUGCUAUGUACUUUGGGUUCGUCAAAUUCGUGGU